GGUCAGUGCACAUUGUGUCCGAGUGGUGAAAGCCAGCGGACUGCCUCUCGUCAUGGGCAGUCAGUGGGUGGUGGUGGUGGUGGCAGUCGGGGCGUGCCUGGUGUACAGCCCUGAGGCCAGGCCAGCACGCGGUCCUGCGGUCCCCCUGCCCUCGCGCAGCACCGUCAGGCUACAGCAGCUGUCCUCGCAUACUCGCUCCUCACUCAACAAGGUCUGGGAUUCGAAGUUACAGCGGUACAGAGGCAGCAGCGCACAGAAGGAGGCAGUGAACUUCUUCGAGACCCCUGGAGAUGGCCGGUACACAUUUGGGUACUCUGGCGGGAGUGACGGCGGCUCGCACCUGCAGGCGUCCAAUGGCCAGGGGCAGACCGUGGGCAGGUACUCGUACGUGGACGCGGAGGGCAAGGAUGUGCAGGUGCAUUACGUGUCAGGCAGCGAAGGGUUCAAGGUAAUCAGCAACAACCUGCCUGAGGAAACGGACGAGGUGAAGCAAGCGCGCGAGGCAUUCUUCCGGAUUUUCGAGGAGAAGAAGAAGCUCUUGGAGGAGACGCGGCAGCAGAGGGCGCGCAGCAGGCAGCGGAACAGGAGCAGGCAGCGCGGGGAGGCUGGCACGCAGGUAGCAGCGGCGGUGGGGCAGACAGGGGGGAGAAGGACAGCAAACCGACAGCCACCUCGAGGAACCAGGAUAAACCAACAUCUUUGAGAGACCAAGAAGAGAAACCUUCAACUCUCCAACGCCAGGACCAAAAACCAACAGCCACAACACGUCAGGAGAAGCCAAGCACUCGAAGUCGCGCCCAGUCACCAGGGGCAGCCAAGACGAGGCCAGAGGGACGUCCAGCAUGGUCCGGGAGCAGAGUGCGCAGUGAGAGUCAAGUGAGAACACAAGAGAGGCCGCCAGUGCAGACAGCCUCCAUGACGCCCACAGCGACGGGAAGACAGGAGACGAAGGAAGAGGGAGAAGGACAGGGAGAGAAAGGAGAAGGAGAAGAAGGUGAAGGAGAGGAAGAGGAGGGAGAGGGAGAAGAGGGAGAGGGAGAGGGAGAGGAAGGAGAAGAGGGUGAGGGUGAAGGAGAAGAGAGAGAGGGAGAGGGAGAGGAAGGUGAAGGAGAAGAGGGAGAGGGAGAGGAAGAAGAGGAUGAAGAAGGAGAGGGAGAGGAAGGAGAGGAACAGGAAGAGGGAGAAGAAGAAGAAGGACAGGAAGAGGAAGGAGAAGAGGGCGAAGAGGAAGAAGAAGAAGAAGAAGAAGAAGAAGAAGAAGAAGAAGAAGAAGAAGAAGAAGAAGAAGAAGAAGAAGAAGAAGAAGAAGAAGAAGAGGA